UCUCUUUCUAUCAUGUGUUUUUCUAUUUAGAAUUUGUUUUUUCUUCUUUUCUAGUAAUUAGCAGUGUUAAUUUAUUUCUCUUUUUAAAAAGAUGAUUAAACAUUGUGCCCGUUUAAUGGCUCCACUACGAACGAUCAAAAGCUCACCGGUCGCUUUUAACUCUACAUUUGCUUUAAUGUAUCGUGAUUAUGGUGACCCGAUCUCAGUUGUUUCUAAGGUUGACACAAGCGAUUCUUUAUCAUUAGAUUCACCUUUGGAAGGUAAUCAAGUGUUAAUCCAGUAUGUUGCUUCGACAAUUAAUCCAUCGGAUAUUAACACAAUCCAAGGUACUUAUGCUAUUAAACCUAAAUUACCGGCUGUUGGUGGUAAUGAAGGUGUGGGUAAAGUGAUUAGAAUCGGUUCUCAGGUAACCAAAUUUAAACCCGAUGAUUGGGUUAUACCGGCGAGACCUGGAUUAGGUACAUGGAGAAGUCAUGCCAUUGCUGCCGAAAAUGAUUGGAUGCCGAUCGAUAAUGAUCUAGAAUUAGAAGCUGCCGCUCAGAUCACCGUUAAUCCUCCAACGGCUUACCGAAUGCUCCAUGAUUAUGUUAAACUGAAACAAGGUGAUUGUGUCCUUCAAAAUGGAGCCAAUUCAGCGGUUGGUCUUUUGGUAAUUCAAAUGUGUAAAGCAAUGGGAGUGAAAACAAUUAACGUAAUAAGAGCUCGACCCAAUCCAGAUGAUAUGACAAAAUUGGUUAAUUCAUUGACAGAAUUAGGUGGUAAUCAUAUAAUUACAGAGGAAGAUUUAAGAAAUCGUGAAGUAAUGGACUCUAUUUGGACCAAGGGAACACCUAAACCAAUUCUAACUCUUAAUUGUAUCAAUGGGGAUAAUGCAACUAAUUGUGUCCGUCACAUGGCUCAAGAUGGUAUUAUGGUCACUUAUGGGGGAAUGUCAAAGAAACCGUUAAUCAUACCCACUGGGCCAAUUAUCUUUAAUCAUCUUCAAUUUGUCGGAUUUUGGGUUACCCGGUGGAAAAAAGAUCACGCCGGUAAACCUGAAUAUUACGAAAUGAUGAACAAUUUAACUAAUCUAUUCAAAGAGGGUAAAUUAAAAGCACCCAAAGUGAUUCCAUUCAAAUUUGAUGAUUACAAAAAUGCUUUGGAAAAAGCAACAGCUCCUUUCAUUGAAGGAAAAGUGAUUCUUACUCCCUGAUCACAAUUAAAUCAAUACCAAUAGAUGAAGCAAAAAGGAACCUUUGUCUUCCAUGGUUUCUUUCUUUUCCUCUUUCUUUUUCAUCAUCAUUUAUAUUUCCUUCUUCUGAUUAGAAUGUGAUCAAACAUUGGAUACAUUUUCCAUCAAUUCAAUUGGAAUACAUGGUUUUGAUUAUUUGGUCCAAAAAGAACAACUUGAUUCACACAACAAAAUCAAUUCUAUUGUAAAUUGAAAGAGAGAGAAUAAGGUUGGUAAUUUAUUCUCAAUCAAUUUUUAGAUCAUUAAUUGUGUUUCCAAUAUUCAAUAUUCCAUUUUCCAUAUAAAAGGUGAGAGAUUUUCUGUUGAGAAAAAAAAGAAAACACAAAAUAAUGGGUUAGACUGUAGGUAGAUCUUUAAAUAUACAAAAAAUUAAAUUCGAUUGAAGAAAAUAAAGGUUACUAUUUGUUUCCAAUCAUCAUAAUCAACAUGAUUAAUUCUAAAUUGGGAUCAUCAAGCUACCUAAUUAACAGGUAAAAGAACUUCAAAUGAUGAAUGUUUUAGGCCUUCGAUUGUCCAGAAGAAAACGAGAAAAAUGAUUCACUUGAUUUCGUUGUUACUUCAAAUCGUGAAGCUGAUGACCUUCUUUCGUUAAUUGUUGAUUAAAAUCGCAAUUAAGGGAAUUACAUUGAUAAUUUGAUCGAAAAUAGAGUAACAAUUGAGUAACAAUCAACAAUUUAACUAAUCUUACAUUGAAGGAAAAGUGAUUCUUACUCCCUGAUCACAAUUAAAUCAAUACCAAUAGGUAAAGCAAAAAGGUAAAUAUAAAUAAGUAAAUUUAAUUACAGUUAUAAAAUCAAUAAACUCAAUUUAUUUUCAAUAA